AUGGUGGACUUUGUAUUGCCGGUUAAUAUAAAGACCCUAAUUAGUCGGGAGGGAGGUCAAAACAUAAAGCACGUUGCCUCCGGACUGAACUUGCAGUUUGAACCCGGCAUUCAUCUGACAAUACGGCCACAAGUGCUUGACUCUAUCCUUGACGAGCCUGGCGAGGUGCAGCUGCUCAACAACGGUAAACUGGUGGCGAAGCUCUUCAAACCCGAGGGCCAUUGUGGGUUGAUAAGUCUGGUGAAAGUGCCUGACGUAAAGAAAAUAGUGAGGUUAAAGUGA